UUCAAAAAAGAUGUUAUGAAACACCUCUGGCUAGCCACAAGUAAACUCAGGUAUGGGCCGAUCCCUGCGCACUUCAACUAUGCAGCCCAUUACCUUUCCGACUUGUCCGCGCAUCCCGCUUCCCCUCUAGUAGCUUCCGCCAGAAGGCCCGGCCUCCCGUACAAUGAUGAAGCAGCACGGCAGCAGCCACCGUCGGCUUUGAAAAGAGCGGAGUGGAGAAAGGAAUCGCUGAGCUCCUCCAUCCAACUGCUUCCACCACAAGCCAAGCCAAGCCACACUGCCUGCCUUCCUGCUCCAGCCUACCCUCCCACCGCAAGCCAGAGUGUGGCCCGCCACCGCCAGAGAUUCGCAGCCAUGUCCGACGAGCUCAGGCGCGGGAUCGCGGGCUCCGCCGCCGUCGCCGCCUCCCACCCGGCGCCCUACGCCGCGACGCGGGCCCCGGCCGACGCCGACCGCAGGCUCGCCGCCUCCGCCACCGCCGCCCUGGGAUCCCCGCCGCCGGCCGCCGCGUCGCCCACGGCGCACAAGAUCACGCUCAAGAGCGCCGACAUGAAGGAGGAGAUGCAGAAGGAGGCGUUCGACAUCUCCCGCGUCGCGUUCGAGAAGCACACCAUGGAGAAGGACAUCGCGGAGUACAUCAAGAAGGAGUUCGACAAGAAUCACGGCCCUACCUGGCACUGCAUCGUUGGCCGCAACUUCGGUUCCUACGUGACGCACGAGACGAACUACUUUGUGUAUUUCUACAUUGAUUCUAAAGCUGUCUUACUAUUCAAGUCUGGGUGAUGGGUGCGUCUGAUCCCUCUCUCCCCUGGCGUCAGUCUCCUGUGUGCCCCUCUUUCAUCUGUGUCGGCCACGAAACUGGAAAUCAGAAAUUUGGAAAGAGCCUCCAUGUUGGUGUGAGAUUUUAGAUCGUGUCUCUCUUUUGCUUUGAUGCAGCUAGGUCUUGUUGACGUUGUCUGAUUGUAAUAUUGCCAUGAUUUGGACUAGAAGUCAUCAUCAACGAUGCACCGAAAACUGUCUGAUCUACUGACUAGUUGCUAAAGUGUCUUGGACUCAUGGGAUGAUCAAAAUCAGAAUUUGCAUUUUGCUCGUA